AUGUGGGCCUGGAUCGAGGAUCAACUCAAUGGACAGUUACUCGUCAAAGUCUCACCACUGUCUGUCGGCUUUGCCCUCCUCUCUAGCGCGGUACUAGCCAUAGUUCCUUUGUUGACGCUCGCCAAGUCCAUAUCUCGCUCACGUGCACUACGACAAUCACCACCAGGGUGCAGACGUCUUGGUCUGCCCUUCAACCAAAGCAAUCUCUCGGAUGAGUUUGACAGAAAGUAUGCCCAGGGCACGUCGCCCGAUUCCAAAGACGAAGAUGGUCUUCCGUCCUGGCGCGUCAAAGCUCUGUUCACCUACCCGAUCAAAUCCUGCCGUGGCAUUGAGCUUGAACACGCCGACGUCGUGAGCACCGGACUGCAAUAUGAUCGACAGUUUGCCUUUGCGCAGCACACCCCAAAAGGAUGGGUGUGUCGAACCCUGCGCAAUGCAGGGUUUGAACGGAUGGCGCUGAUUCAUGCCGAGAUCUGGAUCCCCGAUCCGUCAUCGCCAUCUUAUGAGACACGACGACCUGAAAUACGAUCCGGUGGUGUGAUGAUAGUGUCUUAUCCGCGCGUGACACCAUCCGGUCUUCUCGGCACCAUCAUCAGAACCGGAGUCAUGCUCGGCCUCGUCGCGUCCCGAGAAUCCUUCACGGUGCCCCUCCAGCCAGAAACGCCAGCAGAAAUCGAAAUCGACUCCCCAUCCCAACCCUCAUAUCCCCUCAAACCAGUCACAAUCUGGAAAGACUCACCACUCGCCCACGACUACGCCAUUCAUCUUCCCCCUUCCCUUCACAAAUACCUAGGCUUCCACCACCCCUCAUCAUCCCCUCUCACUCUCUUCCGCGCACACUCCACGCAUCCCCGCAACAUCUACCGCAACGCCCCGCGCAAAGCCCAGCUGGGCUUCCAGCCGCAAACCGCCUUCGCAGACGCUUACCCCAUCCAUCUCACUCUAAGCAGCCACCACGACGUCGCCGCGCGCUGUGCAUCGUCCCUGCCCCAUCUAAGCAUCCGCCGCUUCCGCGCAAACAUCAUCAUCGAGGGGCCUGGGCCCUUCGCCGAAGACCAGUGGAAAAAGGUGCGGAUCGGGAACACGGACGUAUAUGCUGCGUGUCGAACGAUCCGGUGUCUCUUGCCGAAUGUGGAUCCCGAUACCGGGGUCAGACAUGCGAGUCAGCCGGAUCGGACCUUGAAGGGGUAUAGACGUGUGGAUGAGGGCGAUUUGACGAAUGCGUGUUUGGGGUUGCAGCUGGUUCCCGGGGUGAGGGAGUGGGUCGUUAGGGUUGGGGACGAGGUGAGGGUUUUGGAGACCGGGGUGCAUCGGUAUAUCAAGAUGUUGGCGCCGGGGGAAAAGGUGGAGGGUGUAUGA